UACCAACAAUUCAAAUAAGAUUUUAGGAUUGUACUUCAUCUAGAUUACCCGUUUAGGAGAGCAAAAAUAAAUAACGAAUCAUCAUACGAAGCUAUUGAGCAAAUUUCACAAAACGUGUCCUGCUUUAUCUUAGAUGUUUCGAUCAGAGCAUCAUUUCGACACCUCACGAAACCUGUUACAGCAGUUCUCUACUAUGGAAUUUUCAAUCAAAAUACAUCUAGUCCUGAAUUUUGUGACAAAUGUGCUAUCCAGGAGAUGAAAUCUGAACGGAUUGCUCAAAAUGAGACGAAUCUUGUAUUCAAACCCAACUGUGCAGAGGAUGUUUGUCUGACGGAUUUGAAAUUGCAUGGCCGUUUUCUCAAUUUUGAAUCCCCAUUCGAGCUUAACAGUUCCCGUACUAUGGAAUUGCAGUACAACAUAAGCAAUGAGGGAGAAUCAGGAUACGGGACGUUGCUGGAGAUCAAGUUUGCUCGAAACAUUAGUAUUAUCAAAGCAAUGGCCUUUUGUGAAAUAGGUGCCGACAAUUUAAGCUGCCUCAUCAAUAACGGACAAGCGCUGCAACGAGGGAAAGUAAUUACAGUCAAUAUAACUUUGGAUGCAACUGAACUGGACGGGACCGAAUUGGACUUCGAAGCGCGUUUGUUCAGCGAUGGUAAUGAAACAUUCAAUGAAGAUAACUUGAUACAAAGUUCUAUAAGCUUGGUGAGGCAUAGUAGCGUAUCGAUCGUUGAAUAUUUCAAUCCUUCUCACAUCAACCUGGAUACGACAUUUUCUAAUGUUUCAACGAGUUUAAAAGUUCAAAUCGAUAAUUAUGGACCCAGUUAUAUGAGAGCAACUAACGUAACAAUGUUCAUUCCUGUUUUAUUUAAACAAAUGGAAUUGAUCCAUUUCGAUACAAUAAAUUCUAACAUAAUUAACGAAAGGAAUUAUCUUGAAUGGACGGAAGAAUGUUCAGUAUCGAAUAUCGAAAUCAACCACACAUCAUUUAUCCACUGGAGAAAAUUUGAAUCACCGGCUAUGGUCCAGAAAAAAAGCUCUUAUCUUAGCUGUUUCGAUGAGUUCAUAACAUGCAAAUGUUUAAAGUUCACCUUGAAAGAAUUACCAGCAAUGAAUGAUCCCUUAUGGAUUAACCUUCAAAUGACGAUAUUCCCACAGGCGAUGAUUAAUGUUAUGCCCGAGGACACUCAAACAAUUUUCUUAUAUGUAAAUUUGAGCUUGGAAGUUCCAACCGAUGAAGUAACUCUUAUCGCCUCUGGAAGUUUGAUGCUAUAUCGUGCCGUUCAUAAGUUUCCGUUAUGGGUCUACGUGACUACAAUUACACUGAGUACUGUGAUACUGACGUCGAUUGUACAGGCUUUGCGAAAGAUAAACUUUUUCAAACGAAUGACGCGAUCCGAUAUGGAGCGAAAGUUAGAAGCGAAAGAAUCAGCCAUUACGGAUGGAAGUAUAAUGAUGAUAAAUAUACCAAUUCAAAAGCUCAGCACAGAAACUACUGUCAUCGAAGAAACAAUGAAACCAGCCACAUAGGUUUUACCUCAGUUGUAGCGUAAGUUUUAUUACUUUGGUGAUUUGUAUUUACAAAAGAAUCUCCUGUACAUAGUUAGCAUUCAUUCAAUCAAAUGCAGAGCACCAUUCAUCGUCUAUAAAACGCGCAGAAACCAACACAAACCAAUGAAACUCUGUAAGGA